GCACGGAGGCAAAAUGGACGAUAAGUUAAUACUGGCUGUAUUUAAUUGUCCCGAGCUAUACAAUGUCACUUUGUCGAAUUACCGGUGCACAGAAAGUCGUGCAAACGCGUGGAGGAACAUUAGUGUGUUGCUGGGAAUCCCAUCGGAAGAAUGCAAAAGAAAGUGGAAGAACAUGAGAGACCGUUACUUGAAAGAAGUCCGAAUGGAAAUCAAAUGCAAGAAGCAAGGGGAGAUAGUACAAAGCAGAUGGAAAUACAGACAGUUGAUGAACUUUAUUGCACCCUUCACUGGCUCCAGAAGUGGAGUAGCUGAUGUGUGUGGCAACAAUGAGGAAGACCAGGACCAUCCUGACAUGGAGUCUGGCAGUGCAGAGGGGGAAACCCCGCUGACAGAGGUCACAAAGAUGCCACUGUCGUCGAUGAAAGUUCAGAGUGACCUGAAGCCACAGGUCCCUUUCGUCUCACAGCUGCCGCCUGCAGACCCGCAGCUCGCCACCCGCCUCAAAGCAUCACCCGUUUCACAGGUCAGUCCGGUCAGCAAAAUGGGGCGGAAAAGGCGACUCAUGGAUGAGUCCAUACCGCUGCCGACUUCGACCAGCACGCCUUCAGCAACAAAAUGGUUGGUCAAGGACAACGCCUCAGCCCUUCCCAACCGACAGAGAGACGAGGACGAGUUGUUCCUCCUCAGCUUUGUCCCGGCUCUCAAGAGACUAGCUCCACAGAAAAGGUGCGAGACGAAAAUGAAGAUUCAGCAGAUAAUGUAUGAAGCAGAAUUCAACAUUGCACAGGACUCUCAUGAGAAACAUUCGGACACAGAAACACAGGACUGAUCCUGGACUCUUAUCCUUUAAUAAGCACAAAGUAGAACCUGAUCUGUCCGGUCGGUUUUGCUUCGAACGUAUUUCUCAUCUGUGAGACUAAUAUUUGUCAUACCAAAGCUUUUUUAUCCAUCCAUAUAACAACAAGGUCAUGCUUAAGUAAAGAUUUCAAUGUUUUUAACAAACAAUUUGUCUUUCAUCAUUGCAGAAAAUAAUUGGUUCCAUGGAAAAAAAUCCCAGCUUAUU